GCAGGCUUUCUCGUUCGUCGAUCCGAUAUGUCACGCCGCGCACCAAGCUGCUGGUCGAGCAUCCCCUCCGAGCUCGCGGGGGUCGUGCUCCGCCGCCUCCCUUGCCAUGCCGACCGGGUCCGCUUCGCCGCCGUCUGCAAACAGUGGCGCGCCUCUGCGCGGCAGACCUCUCCGCCCCUGCACUACCCAUGGCUCGCCUUGCCCGACCGGACAUUCUACAGCCUGCCUGGCUCCGCCUUCCGGCCGCUGCCGCUCCACCUCGACCGCCACCGGCAGCUGCCGCACGCGCAGAGCUCCUGCGGCCAGUGGCUCGUGUUCGAGCGCUUCGACGGCGCCUACACGCUGGUCAGCCCCUUCUCCAUGUCCACCACCAUCCUGCUCCCCGGCCUCUCCGACACGUACGCCCCCAACGUGCCUCUCCGGGUCCCGCAAGACGAGCCCAAGCCGUAUAUGUUGAAGCUCGUCGUGUGCUCCGACGACCUCGUCGCCGCGAUCGUCGAUGACAACGAGGCAUGGACGUAUAGCAAGCUUGCCUUGUGCCGGCCAGGGGCGUCCUCGUGGUGGUCCAGCACACCCGACGAGCUUCGCCACCUCCAAGACAUUGUCUCGUGCGAGGGAAAGCUCUACGCCCUCGACAGCUGGGACGGGCUCUUCUCCGUGUCCAUCGCCACCGACAGGCGCACCGGCGAGCCGGCCGUGUCACGGGUCGACCACCUCAUGGGUAACCCCCGCCGGGGCCGGGUCCUCGGCGACUCGCCGCGAUACCUGCUAGAAUCCAGCGGAACGUUGCUGUUGGUCUGCAGGGAGGAUCCUAAGAGCAAGGCGGAGCGGACGACGAUAGGGGGGCGUCGGAUGUGGAGUGCGCUCGAGCUGCAGAUGGGGACCAAGUUCAGGGUGCUCGAGGCGGACUUGGCGCGGUCGCGGUGGGCGAGGCUGAGGAGCGUGGGCGACCGCCGGAUGCUGUUCGUCGGGCCAUGGUGCUCCCGAGCGGUUCAUGUUACCGCCGCCGCCGCCGAGCACGAGCAGGACUGUCUCUACACCGGGGAUCGUAUCUUCUUCACGGAGGACGCCAUCGCUGGGACAUACAAUCAUCGAUACUACCACAAACAACCGGAGCCCUUCUACUGCAGCGUCUACGACAUGAGGACGAGGCGGUCGGAGUUGUUCCUCGAGACGCCCGUGCGGCCGUUGAAAGGCUUCCCGGUCACGUGGCUAUUCCCUCCAACUCCAAGUCAGGGAUAGCUACGACUGAAGUGAAUGGCCAGUUCUAUCUAUGCAUGAUGUUGGCAGGCUCUGCAUGCUGGCCUCAAAUACUACUGUACUUGGUCUGAUGAUUGCAAACCUAAGAUGUAUUUCCCGUCAACGUUGUCCUCCCUCCGGUCAUUUUUACUCCGCGUAUUAGAUUUUUGUCAAGUCAAAAUCAACCAAGUUUGACCAGAUUUAUAUUAAAAAUAUAUAA